GGCAGCAAGACGGUUUAUCCAAUCAUAAUCGAGUACAGAGUGACGUUGCACAUGUAAACAAACAGAGACAGAGCGGCCAUGACAGUUACAGGAGAGUUCGAAUAGAGUCAACCGUCUGGUCCGCUGUCGUCGAAUAUAUCGGGUUUCCAGUGUCGUCGGUCAGACUACAGUGACCGAGACUGUGUGUCCGUGAGAUAGGACUGAAAUGAAAGACCCGAGGCUCAGCCUUAUCGCCCCGAACAUGACGAUCAGCAACGAGGUCAUCCUGAGCAACCAGUUCAGCUUCGAGGAGGACCCGUUCGCUGAGUAUAUGUGGAUGGAGAACGAGGAGGAGUUCAACAGGCAGGUGGAAGAGGAGCUGUGGGAAGAGGAGUUCAUUGAGCGUUGUAUGCAAGAGCUGCUGGAGGAGGAGGAGCAGUGGGAGUGGUUCAUUCCGUCCAGAGACCUCCCAUCUCAGGUGGUUAGUCAGUUGCAGGAUCAGAGCAGUCUGCUGGCUCUGGACACAGACGUCCACACAGAUGCAGACUUUGAUGUCGUGGUGAUUAACAGCAGUCUGAACCCUAAUGCCAAGGAGUUCAUCCCGGGAAUCCAGAAACACAUCAUGUGACCCCACUAGCUCUGUCCCCACCCCAGUCCGCACUGUGACAUCAACAAGAUGUCUGCCGUAUUUUCCAGUUGCCACUCGACCUUCAGUCUGACGUGUUGCCAAAGCUCUGCUCUCGCAUGUGUUCAAGUUCCAAGUACUGUUAAUGUUAGUUACUGCGAUCCUUCACCUGUCUGUCCGUCUGUCUGAGCUAACUCUCUGAAUGUAAAUCAGCUAAGAGUGUUUGUGUUCACUUUAAAACUGGUUUCUGUUACAAUCAGUUCUGACGUCUCUGCUCACGUUCUGAGCUUUUAUUUGCACUUUUAUAAAAACCUAAAAACAAACUUAUUUAGAGUUUAUAGAGCUGGUCUGAUCUGGCUGCUUCGAUCUUUAGGUUUGUUCUCUCUGCUUUUCUUCACCUUUCCCAGAAUCCUAUGUGUUUUUCCAUCCCCGCUGGCCCUCAGGUCCGCUGGCACUCCGCUGCCACAUCAACUGAUGUUUGUUGUGUUUUUCUAAAUGCACAUAAAGUACUGUAUAAAACAUCGUACAAAGAAAAAAUAUUUGAAAAAAAUAUCUAUUUUUUCUUAAUCUAUUUGAAAAUAAAUGUUUAUGGAGAAAAAGA